UAUCAGUUUCCUUUUAUGUACAAGUCUGUAAACACAAUAUCCGUUCAGUUUUAUUGAUGUUGAAGUGUACUAUACGUAAUUGUCUUUAUAGUGCUGGAAAUGAUAUAUACAAAAGUAAUAUAAUGUAAUAAUACUUCUGUUUUUGUCUUGUUAAUUCUAGAUGUUGUGGUACCAAAAUAUAAACGUAAAUAAAAUCAAUCAAAAUAUUACUAUUUUACGUUUAUUUAUCAAUUAUAUUUGCACAUUUCGGUUGAUAGUUGUUUUCCCAAACAUACAAAUAAUGCAAGAAUUGUUAUAAAUCAAAAUAUUUUAUAUUAUUUUGUUCCCUACAGUUGGCUUUUCUUUGAAAUUAUUAUAUUAUUGUAUAUGUACUAUGACUGCGACAUAUUUUGGUUACUUUAAACAGAGAUACGUCUUUUACUAAUGUGCUAAAGUUUUCGGCGACUUCAUUUAUAAUGUUCAAAAGUCAGUAUACUACAGGUUAUGAAUAUUCUAUUCAAUGUUACUUUAAUAUCUCUUUAUUAUACUUAAUCGCACCUUUGUAAAUUGCUCUAAAACUAAUUACUUGUUACAGCACGUAUAGAGCUUAAUGAAUAGGUACGCAACUGUACGUAUGUUAUUCUCGUGAUCUAAUAUAAUGAUUAGCAUACAUGGAUACUGUCUUAACCCACGUUUCGUCUGCUUGGUCAAGUCAAAAAGUUUUCGUCGAAUCAAUGAAGCUUUUGCGUUUUAGUGUGGGCGAGACUAAAGAUGGUAUUACCAGCACGGAACUGUCCGUCCUGUCAGCAUCCGCUGUUUAGUAGGACCGCUCGCUCUGUAGUUGGCGUGGCUCUGUAUUUGAUUUGUGUCAGUUCUAGAAACUAUGUGAGUCGUGGAUGAGGGACGACGACAGCGACAGCAUCCCACCUCUUGUUGUCUGGCAGAGCUGCUACUACACGGCAUGAAGAGAAGAGUGCUCCUGUCAAUCCUGGUUCUGGGGGUGUUUGGAGUCCCCGCCCAGUUCAGACUGAUGCAGCGGGGUCGACUACUCAGUCCGCUGUGGUAUCCGUCAUCUAAAGAUCACCUCGGCUUGUUAUCCAGAAGAAGUGAAGACUCCAAUGCAUUCACAGAAUCAGCAUAUAACAGUUUGAAAUUGCGGACUCUUCUAAAUAUACUGAAGAGAAAGCCAAGCUAUGGCAUCCCAAGAGAAAAUCAUUCAUUUCUGUUUGAAAGACAGCGUGAGAAGAAACUGGCGCGUGAGUGUGACGCCACCCGAAUAACCCCGGCCCAGCUUCGCGAGUAUCUCAUGACCAGACGAAUUUGCGGAUUUAGGGUAUCUUCUUUUCGUUUUGGACUGGGCGGAAGGAAGCGAUGAUAAGCCAGAAGGAAGUGACGAUAGCGCGGAGUAAUACUAUUUUCAGUCAUCAGUGUUUCAGAAUAUGUCCUGCUUGCAGUUAAAGACCGCAAUCAUAUAGCAUGUCUUGGGACAAAUAUUCCGGAGAGUUGGUCCAGAGCUGGCGUGCUUGAACCUUUAGUGGAUGUAGGCAUGUCAGAUGGUUGAUUUAUCAGCUAAAAUAGUUGAGCCCCAAAAUACAGACAACAACAACGACAACGAAAAAACAACAACAAAAAGCUAAUUAAAAAUAAACACCAGGUUAACUUUUAACCAAAUUUUAUAAGACUUUCACCCCACCCACACAUUUUAUUUAAUUAGAUAAGGAAGGCAAGCAUAAAUAAUGUGAUUGUAUGUACUUCCCAUUUGAUGUAGUUAAUGAUGACGUUAACGUAGAAAAAACAUAUAUAUAGAUUUCAUCAAGAUCUAAACAGAAAUACUUUCUCCAGUUAUUCUCCAGAUAUCAAAAAUAACUUUCCAUUUUACAAAUUAGCGUCUGCAAGACUAAAAAAUCAAUCAACUGAAGUUUGAAAAACAAACCUGUCUAGGUUUUUUGUUUCCUUUACCGAUGGGACUUCACUAAAUCCAUUUUCUAUAAAUAUACUAUACGUUAAUCAUUUUAAUAUGUAAAUUUGUAUAUAAUGUGUUUUUCAGCUUGUAGAAAAAGGUCUCGAGCAAUGUUUUAUACUAAAUGAGUCACCUUAUUUAAAUAAAGCAUUAUUAUUGUUAUUCGUAUUCACUUCAUUUAGAAAUCGUGUAUAAAUUCCACCAGUAUUCAUUACUGACUAAUCAAUAAUGUUCCAGGGAGAAACAUCAUUAAGGUAGUGGGUGGUGGUAGAUACAGAAAUAACUAUUUCAGUCUACUUUGACUGCUGGGCAUGAUAAAUGCAGAUAAAACAAAAUGCAUUACGGUAUUCUUAUUUUAUCGGUUGUAAAUCUGGAAAAUUACAUUAAAGUUUUCUUGAACAGCCCUAAGGACUAUUUUUUGUAAAAGCAACAGUAAGAAAUAAAAUUGCUUGCUUGAAUCUCAGUUCGAAGUGAGCAUGAAAUUAAAUAAUGAGUAUUAAUACGAAAUCAGCAACAUCCAAUGGACAAAAUGACAUGGUGGCAAUUACCUACACAUUUUUAUAUUGAUGUUAAUCAUCAAGUCUUUCAUGGACACCCACAUAUUGUUGUGGUGGGGUGUCUUUUAUACAUUCAUUACCCGUCUGAUGCGCGGUCAGUCUAGAAUCGAUCCCCGUCAUUGGGCCCAUUGAGCUAUUUCUCGUUCCAGCCUAUGCACCACGACUGGUAUAUAAAAGGCUGUUGUAUGUGCUAACCUGUCUGUGUGAU